CCGCUGUGUCAGCGCAUGCGUUGAAAACUCCUGCUCUCCACUCCUCUCUCUCUCUCUUUCUGACUGACAGUGUUUGUGGGCUCGUAUAAAAGCUCUCUGUUUUCUCGGUCAUCAUGUCUGUUUCACCGGAUAAACGGCGGAAGAUGGAGUCUGCGCUGGAGCAGCUUAAGAAAUACACAGUGGUCGUCGCAGAUACGGGCGAUUUUAACGCUAUUGAAGAGUACAAACCCCAGGAUGCCACAACCAAUCCAUCUCUCAUUUUGGCUGCAGCUAAAAUGCCGGCCUACCAGCACCUUGUGGAGCAGGCCAUAAAAUUUGGAGUGGCCAAAGGAGGGACAAAGGAAGAGCAGGUGACCAAUGCGAUGGACAAGCUGUUUGUCACCUUUGGUUUAGAAAUUCUGAAGAAGAUUCCUGGCAGGGUCUCCACUGAGGUUGAUGCAAGGCUGUCAUUUGAUAAAGAAGAGAUGGUGUCUCGCGCUCAGAGACUCAUCUCGCUCUAUGAGGAAGCGGGUAUCCGUAAAGAGCGCAUACUCAUCAAACUCUCGUCCACAUGGGAAGGCAUUCAGGCCGGACGGGAGUUGGAGGAGAAGCACGGCAUCCAUUGCAACAUGACUCUGCUGUUUUCAUUCGCUCAGGCGGUGGCAUGCGCAGAGGCCCACGUCACCCUCAUCUCACCGUUUGUGGGACGUAUCUUGGACUGGUACAAGGAAAAUACAGAGCGCAAAAACUAUGAAGCUCAAGAAGAUCCAGGUGUGUUGAGUGUGACUAAGGUCUACAACUACUAUAAAAAGUUUAACUACAGCACAGUGGUGAUGGGCGCCUCCUUCAGGAACACAGGGGAAGUGAAGGCUCUGGCAGGCUGUGAUCUGCUCACUAUUUCUCCCGGGCUGCUGGGAGAACUCAGCAAGGACCAUAGCGCAGUGUCCUGUUCUCUCACGCCAGAGGGAGCGAAAGAGUGCGAUUUGGAGCAGAUUCACCUGGAUGAGAAGGCUUUCCGCUGGCUGCACAAUGAAGACCGCAUGGCUGUGGAGAAACUCUCGGAUGGCAUCCGCAAAUUUGCAGCUGACGCCGUCAAACUUGAGACCAUGAUCAAGGAAAGGAUGUUUAAUGCGAAGAACGGACAGUAGUGAGGAAGAUUGACACUUUCAACGACCAAACCUAUGCUGAACUCCGAUUGGCUGUUUUAACUGCACUGAAAGUCUUACUUAAAGUCUGUAGUUCAAGCAUAAAAAAACUUUUCAGUGUGUCAUUCACAUUUUAAUUAACAAUCUGAACCUUUCAUAUAGUCAUGUGAGGUGUGCUCCCAGGAGAUGUUGUGAUUUUACUGUAGGACCACAGGGCUUUACUCUGAACAUAGAUUUACUACAGUAUAGUUUAUAACCCACCUGCGAUGUCAUUUUGUAAUGCCUCAUUGUGCUUCAGUAUUAUCUUAAAACUCUAAAAUCACAUUCCGAAGAUAAAUAUGUAUUUUCUUGUAUCCCAUAAUAAAAAAAUCUUUCCGUA